GUUAGUCUUUCUCCCCAUCCAUUCUCACGAGACAGAGCUCCAACACCUUGAGAUUACCACCGCCAGCACCGAGCCGGAGUGGAGGCAGACGCGGCUGGCGGCGCCGGCGACGACGAGGCUAGAUCGAGCCGUAGGGAGGCUCCGCGGCGGAGCGUACUCCGGUGAGGAAAAAUCUUAGGGUUUAUUGGUGAGAUCCCAAAUCAUCCCGUCAACAAAAACAACAACACCCAAAUCAGUUAGAAGCUCCGCCGCUCAGCCAAAUCCCCUACCAUGCACCGCCCUCGUGGACCGCGCCGGCCAUGGUCGGACGGCCUCCCACCCGAGCUCCUCCGCGUCAUCCUCCUCAACCUCACCUGCCUAGCCGACCGUGUCUACUUUUCUGCUGUCUGCCGACCGUGGCGCUCCGCCGCGAGUGGCCUGGACGCUCCGCCGGGCCAGCUCCCUUGGCUCCUCCUCCCGUCCCCCGCCGCGCCCUCCUUUUUCAGCCUCCACUCCGGCGCCACUCGCCGCCUAUACCUCCCGGAGAAGGUCCGCGGCGCGCGCCUAUGCGGCUCCCACGAUGGCGGCUGGGUCGCCCUCGCGUUCGACCAGUGGCGAGGGUAUGCGGCCGUGAACCUCCUGUCCGGCGCGAGGGUUCUGCUCCCUGACAGGCUCAGGACCAACCUUCCCAACUUGCACGGGAACGGCGACUGCGAGCACCGCAUGUUCAUUCGUACCGUCAUCUUCUCGGAGGCGCCCUCGACGAAGGGCUGCCUUGCUGCUGCGCAUGUCUCCAGCGCCUUCAACAUCGCGUUCUGCCGGCCAGGUAUGGACCGGCACUGGGUUGCGUACCAGCAUGCUGUGGAUGUGAUCCAGGACAUGAUCUAUUUCAAGAACAAGCUGAAGGAAGGUUUCCAUAUCCUGUCAAACACAGAGGAUGUUGCUGUGUACACACCCAACGGCGGCCCAAGCGCCCCUCUGGUGAUGUCUCGGAGCUCCUACCAGGUCCAGAAGCGCCCUGAUUACAAGCCUGACAAUCUGAACUUGUCCCGCUAUCUGGUGGAGUCCCGUGGAAAACUGCUGAUGGUUCUGCGGCAACUCAAGGAGUGUCGGGAUCCCAAGGGGAGUCCCACGUUUAGGUUCAGAAUCUUUGAGAUGAACCAUGGGAUUGCUCCCGGCGGGGGCUCUGUAGUUUCCUGGGUCGAACUCCAGACUCUUCCUGGUCGGUUGCUCUUACUUGGCCGAGGCUGCUCCAGGGCAUUUGAGGUGUCUCAGUUCAACAGGCUCGAAGUGGGUCACAUCUAUUAUUCGGACGGUACUAGAUUCAACAUAUCAUUGGCAUUAAAGAGUGGGAGUAUGCAUUCCAGUACUGAUAUGGGCGUGGAUGUUCAGAAAAAACUCAAUCGCAGGAAGCGAACUUGGCGCUUUCCGCGACAAUUUACUUCAGAGUGCUAUCCAAUCUGGUUUGCACCCUGAAUCGGUAUAGGGUUUUGGAGAAUUUGGCUGGGUCUGGCUAGGCACUUUCUGCAGUUAUGCUAAAGGAUGCUAGGCACUGUAUUUCAGAAAUAAGAAAUUUUAUUCCAGUGAAGAAAUAUCAAUCAAUUAUGUUUUGUGUCACCUGCUUGUUGUUGGGCUCGGUUUACUCUUUUGUGUCACCCAAAUUAGCAUUGGAUUUUGUGAUAGUUCUCCAACUCUGGAUUGUGCGAUGCACAAACUCUUGUUGGUGUAUAUCUCAUCCACAUUACAGGCACAAAAUAGUAUGGAGUAGCCAGGAAUUGAAUCACUCAACUCCAUGCACAUGAAUUUCAGAAGGGCCACAUCUUUACUAUUGAAGCCUCGAGCUUAGAAAGCUCUUGUCUACAACUGAUGGUCAUGUCCUCAUAUGUAAGUCCUUUGUUAAACUAUGUAGCAAUUUUUUGCAAGAUCCAAUUGAAAGCAAAGAGAUAUGCAUCAAAUAAACAGAUACAUGGUCAUUUGCUACUUGAACAUGAUUACGUGAGCUAGUUUACAUUAUAUAUUUAGAUUAUACUCCCUCCAUUCACUAUUAUAUUCAUUCCCUGGCAGUACUUAUAUGUAAUAGAAUACAGGAACUUUAAAUUUUCUGUACUCUGAUUAAGUAUCUACGUUCCACACAAACAGGAGAUAAGAAUCAUCCAAGCAUACCGAAAAGUCUGAACUUUUUACUGUACUUACCUGUCAUUUGUAUAUACAAGAAAAAACCAGUUAAAAGCUAGAAAAGAUAUAACAAGCUACAAGAUGCUGUAAAAUAUUAAAUGGUCAUCAGGAAGACAGAGUCUGUCAAACUAAUCUCAUCCAGAGAUUAAAAAAUUAUGUCUACCAGGUCGAUUUCUUCCAAAUCUGUUUAUAGAGAAAUAGGAGCUCACAACAAGUGCUGAUUCCAAAGCAAAAACAACAGAAAGCAAGUCUAAGACGGAGAAACUUUUCUGCCAGCCAACAUAGACCCCGUCUUCAAUUACAAACAGAGGAAGAGUGCAAGAGCUAUACUACCCAUAAUUGGAUGGAACUAGAGCAGGAGCCAGGGAGGAUGUGAGGUUAUCGAUGAGAAGACCGCUGCCAGAUCGCGCGAGAGUUGUAACCUGCCUCCCGAUUGCUGCUGGAAGAGAUAGACGAAGCAAAUAUAUUUCAUCAUGUCUGCAACUUUUCCAGUUCUGCUCUUUGUUAGUUUUAUAAGAUCUGUAAAACAUUCAGUUUACAACUUUAAAUAUUGUGAACAAAUAAUGGCGCUUUUGCAUCA